AUGGGUAAAGGAAUAAAAAAACAUUUAAAACGAGUAAAUGCUCCAUCUCACUGGAUGUUGAACAAAAUGGGAGGUCAAUAUGCUCCCAAAACUAGUAGUGGACCACAUAAGCUAAUUGAAAGUAUACCCUUAGUUAUUCUGUUAAGAAAUAGAUUAAAAUAUGCUUUAACUUUUGAUGAAGUAAAAUUGAUAUUAAUUCAGAAAAUUGUCAAAGUUGAUAAUAAAAUAAGAACUGAUUGCACAUUUCCUGUUGGUUUAAUGGAUGUCAUUCAUAUAACAAAAUCUAAUGAAUAUUUUAGAUUAUUAUAUGAUGUGAAAGGAAGAUUUGUUCCACAUAGAAUUACAAAAGAAGAAAGUCAAUAUAAAUUAUGCAAAGUGAAAAAAAUAAUUUUAAGAAAAGGAAGAUUGCCUAUUGCUAUUACUCAUGAUGGUAGAAGUAUACCAUAUAUACAUCCAGAAAUUAAAGUAAAUGAUACUAUUAGGUUAGACUUAGAAACAGGAAAAGUUUUAGAGUUCCUAAAAUUUCAAGUUGGUAGUUUGGUUAUGGUAACAGGUGGUCACAGUGUUGGAAGAGUUGGUGUUAUUUCAUCUAUAGAUAAAAACAUAGGUACCUAUGAUAUUAUUCAUGUAAAAGAUUCAAGAAAUAAAGUAUUUGCUACUCGAUUAAGUAACGUUUUUGUUAUUGGAGAUAAUACAAAACCAUAUAUUAGUUUACCAAGAGAAAAAGGUAUAAAAUUAGAUAUUAUUGAAGAAAGAAGAAACAGAUUAAAGGCAUUAAAUAAUUAA